AUGGCCAGCAGAGCCGCCCUGUGGAUGGUCCCCCUGCUGCUGCUUUCUCUCUGGGGUCCCUCAGCUCCGGCCUUGCUCCUCAGGCGCCUGGGAGAACACAUUCGGCAGUCCCAGGAGAGCUCAGACCCAGGCCUGGGUCAAGGGCCCAGUCAUGCAGCCGUCCCAAGACUAGGAUGGCUGCAGCAGCCACUGGACCCCUUCAAUGCCUCGGACAGUCGAUCCUUCAUGCAGCGGUACUGGGUGAAUGACCAGCACUGGGCUGGCCAGGAUGGACCUGUGUUCCUGCAUCUGGGUGGUGAGGGAAGUCUUGGACCUGGCUCAGUGAUGGCUGGGCAUCCUGCAGCUCUGGCUUCUGCCUGGGGGGCUCUGGUGAUAAGCCUCGAGCACAGAUUCUACGGCCUGAGUGUGCCUGUCGGGGGCCUGGACGUGGCCCAGCUUCGAUACUUGUCCAGCCGUCACGCGCUGGCGGACGUGGCCUCGGCCCGCGGGGCGCUCUCCCGCCUCCUGCACGUCUCGCCCUCCAGCCCCUGGAUCUGCUUCGGAGGCUCGUACGCCGGAUCCCUGGCGGCCUGGGCUCGCCUGAAGAUGCCCCACCUCGUCUUCGCGGCCGUCGCCUCCUCCGCGCCCGUGCUCGCCCGUUUGGACUUCUCCGCCUACGACGACGUGGUUUCCAGAAGCCUGUCGAGAGCGGCGAUUGGUGGGUCGCCGGAGUGCCGGGCCGCCACGACCGCCGCCUUCGCGGAGGUGGAGCGGCGGCUGCGCGCGGGCGGGACGGCGCGGGCGGCGCUGCGGGCAGAGCUGGGCGCCUGCGGGUCUCUGGGCCGCGCCGAAGACCAGGCGGAGCUGCUGGGGGCUCUGCAGGCGCUGGUCGGAGGCGCCGUGCAGUACGACGGGCAGGCGGGGGCCCCGCUGGGCGUGCGGCAGCUCUGCGGGCUCCUGCUCCGGGACCGUGACAACCACAGCCGCUCCACGCCCUACGGCGGGCUUCGGCGGGCGGUGCAGGUGUUCCUGCGUGGCCUGGGUCAGCGGUGUUUAAGCUCUUCUCGAGCAAAGACAGUGGCCCAACUGAGAUCCACGGAGCCCCAAGUGUCUGGUGUGGGUGACCGGCAGUGGUUGUACCAGACAUGUACUGAGUUUGGCUUCUAUGUCACCUGCAAGGCUCCUAAAUGUCCCUUCUCCCAGAUGCCCACACUGCCGUACCAGCUAGAUCUGUGUGAACAAGUAUUUGGGCUCUCAGCCACAUCUGUUUCCAAGGCCGUGGCCCAGACAAACUCGUACUAUGGUGGCCAGACCCCUGGCGCCACCCAAGUGCUGUUUGUUAAUGGGGACACAGACCCCUGGCAUGUGCUGAGUGUAACACGGGCUUUGGGACCCUCUGAGCCAACCCUGCUCAUCCCCAAUGCCUCCCACUGCUUGGACAUGGCACCGGAAAGACCUUCAGACUCUCCCAGCCUCCGCCUUGCCCGUCAGAGCAUCUUCCAGCAGGUGCAGACCUGGCUCAAGCAGGCAAAAGGGAACCACACCUCAGGUGGGGUCUGAGCCCUUCCCUCCACCACAGCCAGCAUGGUCACCCUGGUCCUGGAUUCUCUGCUGGACCAAAGAAAGCAGCUUGUUUGGAAAGAAGGUUUAGCAUUUGUUCUGCACACAGCUGACUUUUGUCUUCCAACACCCUCACUUCCAACCGGAAACACCUCUUUGUUGCAGGAAAGUGUGUGAUUACAGGCCAGUACCGCCUCCUUAUGAAUACUGUUAUUUAGAGCAUUAGCUGUCAGGGAACAUGUGGGCCCCUGUGCUGGAGCGAGUCAAAUUCCAGCAAGAAUUCUGCAGCUCCAGUUCCCGGACUGGACACCUCACUGAAAAUCUCUCUCUCUCUCUCUCUCUCUCUCUCUCUCUGGACAUCAGACCUUCACCCUGUCUCAGUAGCUUCUCUGUGUCUCUCUUCUCCUUUCUCCCUUUUCCCACUCACAGUCUUUCCCAGCCAUCUUCCAAGUCUCCGAAUAUGUUCAUCUCCGUCUCCCUGCAUCUUUGGCUGAGGUGGUAAAUCUUGUCAACCUGGCUGGAUUUUGAUUCACCUGUGCUCAUUAAGGUGUUUCCCAAAGAGAGUUAACAAGAGGAAAGGCCCCCACCCCAAAUAUGGACGGCACCAUUCCUUGGGCUGAGAGCCUGGACGGAAUGAAGGGGAGAAAGCGAGCUGAUAACCACUAUUCACCUCUCCCUGAUCCCUGACUGAGGACAUCGUGAUCAGCGGCCUCCCACUCCAGCCACCAUGCCUUCCCCACCAUGAUGGACCGUAUCCUGAAACUGUGAAUUAAAAUAAAUCCCCUCUUGAUGGUGUAGUGGUUAAGACGCUUGCCUUAGGACUGAGGACUCAUGUUCAGAUCCCACAUAAGCCAGAUGCACAAGGUGACACAUGCAUACGAGAUGGUGCGCACAUCAGGAGCUCAUUAC